GUUCACAGGUACAGUGCAGGUGGAGCUCCGCAGUUGGUGGAGAGUCGCCGCCCAUCUCAUCAGACCUGCGGUGCUUUCGUGUGUAGCAGGUUACCGUGUCCCGGCUACGAUGGAGCGCUGGCGGGGGAGAGUGGCUCUGGUGACCGGAGCGUCGGUCGGGAUCGGGGCGGCUAUAGCCGUAGAGCUGGUCCGGUGCGGUAUGAAAGUGGUGGGCUGCGCCAGGGACGUCGGAAAAAUACAGAAACUGGCAGCAGAGUGUCAGAGUGCCGGCCACCCCGGUGUUUUGGUGCCUUACAAGUGCGACUUGACCAAAGAGGAGGACAUUCUGUCCAUGUUUGCAGCCAUCAAACAGCAGCACAAAGGCGUGGACGUGUGCAUCAACAACGCUGGCUUGGGUCUUCCAGCGCCACUGCUAAAUGGCAAAACCAGCAGCUGGAGGACCAUGAUGGAUUUGAACGUUCUUGCACUGUGUAUCUGCACACGUGAAGCGUAUCAGUCAAUGAAAGCGAGAAACGUGGACGAUGGACACAUCAUAAACAUAAACAGCUUGUGUGGCCAUCAAGUCUUUCCUGUUGCUGAGUUACAUAUUUACAACGCCACCAAGUUUGCUGUAACCGCUCUGACUGAGGGCCUGAGGCAGGAGCUGCGUGCAGAAAACACCCGUAUCCGAGCCACAAGCAUUUCUCCUGGUUUAGUGGACACAGAAUUCAUAUCACGGCUCUACAGCGACAAUCCCGAAAAAAAUACUAGUAUAUACUCUGAAUAUAAGUCUCUGAAAGCAAUCGAUGUUGUCGGUGCUGUGACAUACGCACUCAGCGCUCCUCCUCAUGUUCAGAUUGGAGACAUUCAGUUUGAAUCUGUGUAGCCGGUGUCGUGCUGUACAGGGACCCAGCUCGGUCUUCACAUUAAAGUGGUGUCAUUGGCUCACCUGACUACUCAACUCUGUAAAAGUGUAAUCAAUUCACAGAAGGUUGAAUCAAAGGAAAUUCACCCUCUGUUAACCGCCUUCUUCUCAAAGCCUCUGCUGCUACUUUUGCACAAGCGCCCCCUACUGGCCAACCCCAGGAAUACCCAUGAAAACACUUCGGUUAAUGACAGCUUCCAACUUACUGUAACAUUUUAGUUGCUGGAAAAUUCAUUAAAGUGUAAGUGCACUGCUAAAGAGAUAUUAAUUUCCUUUGACUGAAAAUCUUUCUUGUACACACAGUCUGUAUUUUUACACCACUGACGAGAAUCUGCUAGUAGAACACAGUUUCACAUGUUCUACUUUUCUAGGGUUAAAGAAACCUUUGAAUCAAACACAGUAAAUGCAGGAGAGUUUUUCUGGUGAAGCUCCUCUUUUGUUAAGCUGAAUGCUGAAA